ACCAUCCCCAUCCUUGACGGCUAAUACCCCUUUCGCUCUCCGUCCUUCUUCAUCAUGCGUGAAAUCGUCCACCUCCAAACUGGUCAAUGCGGUAACCAAAUUGGUGCCAAGUUCUGGGAGGUUGUGUCGGAUGAACACGGGAUCGACAAGGAUGGUACCUACAAGGGCACGAACGAUCUCCAGCUCGAGCGCAUCAACGUCUACUACAAUGAGGUUGGUGCCAACAAGUACGUGCCUCGUGCCGUGCUUGUUGACCUCGAGCCUGGUACCAUGGACUCCGUUCGUUCGGGCCCCCUCGGUAACCUCUUCCGCCCGGACAACUUCGUUUUCGGGCAAAGCGGAGCUGGUAACAACUGGGCGAAAGGACACUACACGGAGGGAGCUGAGCUCGUCGACUCCGUCCUCGACGUUGUACGGAAGGAGGCCGAGGGGACGGACUGUCUGCAAGGUUUCCAGAUCACGCACUCGUUAGGAGGUGGAACCGGUGCUGGCAUGGGUACCCUCCUGAUUUCCAAGAUCAGAGAAGAGUACCCCGAUCGUAUGAUGUGCACAUAUUCCGUUGUGCCGUCGCCGAAGGUCUCCGAUACCGUUGUUGAGCCUUACAACGCAACCCUGUCAGUGCACCAGCUUGUCGAGAACUCCGACGAGACCUUCUGCAUUGAUAAUGAGGCGCUCUACGACAUCUGCUUCCGUACAUUGAAGCUGUCAACACCCACGUACGGUGACCUCAACCACCUCGUCUCUAUUGUCAUGUCUGGUAUCACGACUUGCUUGCGUUUCCCCGGUCAGCUCAACUCUGAUCUCCGGAAGUUGGCUGUCAACAUGGUUCCUUUCCCGCGUCUCCACUUCUUCAUGACUGGUUUCGCUCCCCUGACCGCCCGUGGCAGCCAGCAGUACCGCGCUGUCACCGUCCCGGAGCUGACCCAGCAGAUGUUCGAUGCCAAGAACAUGAUGGCUGCAUCCGACCCGAGACACGGUCGUUACCUCACUGUUGCGGCCAUCUUCCGUGGCAAGGUCUCCAUGAAGGAGGUCGAGGAGCAGAUGCAGAACGUCCAGAACAAGAACUCUGCCUACUUCGUCGAGUGGAUUCCCAACAAUGUGCUCGCUGCUCAGUGUGAGAUCCCUCCCCGGCAUUACAAGAUGGCCGUCACUUUCCUGGGCAACUCGACCGCUAUUCAGGAGCUGUUCAAACGUGUCAGCGACCAGUUCACUGCCAUGUUCAAGAGGAAGGCGUUCUUGCAUUGGUACACCCAGGAGGGUAUGGACGAGAUGGAGUUCACCGAGGCGGAGUCGAACAUGCAGGAUCUGGUAGCUGAGUACCAGCAGUACCAGGAUGCUACCGCCGAGGAGGAGGGCGAGUACGAGGAGGAGGUCGUCGAGGAGGAGCAGUAGAUGCUUUCCUCGGGUUCUGUUCGCUGUCGUUCCGUCAUAUCACCCCCUUUAAUCGGAAAACCCUUUUGGUGUUGUUUCAUAUUGGUGUUCUCCCCCUCGCACUGUUCCUGUCUCUCUUCUCUGAUCACCCCGUCAAUCCAGUUACCCUUGUCUCGCAUGCGUUGUGUCUUACAUUCUCUACCUUUUAGUUUGUCUCAUGGUUCUUUACAACGAAAAUGAUGACUUCAUCAAGGAUGGUAUAUAUUAUCUGC